CCGCCACCGCAGCGCUUGCGAGAGUUUACCGCUUCGCGCGCGCCGGCAGAGCUCUCGCGAGAGCCGCGCGCCGACCGCCGACGGGGUGGACAAGAUGGCGGCGACAACCACCAUGUCCCUGGGUACAGAGUCCAUUAAGAUGGAAAAUGGACAAAGCACGGCAGCGAAGCUGGGGCUCCCUCCCCUUACGCCGGAGCAGCAGGAAGCUCUCCAGAAGGCAAAGAAGUAUGCGAUGGAGCAGAGCAUCAAGAGCGUGCUGGUGAAGCAAACCAUCGCCCACCAGCAGCAGCAGCUCACCAACCUGCAGAUGGCAGCAGUGACAAUGGGCUUUGGAGAUCCUCUCUCACCUUUACAAUCGAUGGCAGCUCAGAGGCAGCGCGCCCUGGCCAUCAUGUGCCGCGUGUACGUGGGCUCCAUAUACUACGAGCUGGGAGAAGACACCAUCCGCCAGGCCUUUGCCCCCUUCGGACCCAUCAAAAGCAUUGACAUGUCCUGGGACUCUGUCACCAUGAAACACAAGGGGUUCGCGUUUGUGGAGUACGAGGUGCCUGAGGCCGCACAGCUCGCCCUGGAGCAGAUGAAUUCUGUCAUGCUGGGGGGAAGAAAUAUAAAGGUCGGGAGACCCAGUAACAUAGGUCAGGCGCAGCCCAUCAUAGACCAGCUGGCGGAGGAGGCGCGGGCUUUCAACCGCAUCUACGUGGCGUCCGUGCACCAGGACCUGUCGGAUGACGACAUCAAGAGCGUGUUCGAGGCCUUCGGGAAGAUCAAAUCCUGCACGCUAGCCAGAGAUCCCACGACAGGAAAGCACAAAGGCUAUGGUUUCAUCGAAUAUGAGAAAGCACAGUCUUCUCAAGACGCUGUCUCGUCCAUGAACCUCUUUGACCUCGGGGGUCAGUAUCUCCGCGUUGGCAAAGCCGUGACGCCUCCGAUGCCGCUCCUGACGCCGGCGACGCCGGGCGGGCUGCCCCCCGCUGCGGCCGUGGCCGCGGCUGCCGCCACCGCCAAGAUCACGGCGCAGGAGGCGGUGGCAGGAGCCGCGGUUCUCGGCACCUUGGCGACCCCCGGGCUGGUGUCCCCGGCGCUGACGCUGGCGCAGCCCUUGGGCGCGUUGCCGCAGGCUGUGAUGGCCGCGCAAGCGCCCGGCGUCAUUACAGGUGUGACCCCCGCCCGGCCUCCCAUUCCCGUCACUAUCCCGCAAGUGGGGGUUGUGAACCCCAUCCUGGCGAGUCCCCCGGCGCUGGGCCUGGUGGAGGUGAAGAAGGAGAAGGAGGAGGAGGAGGUGUUCCAGGAGUCGGAGCGGCCCGAGAUGCUGAGCGAGCAGGAGCACAUGAGCAUUUCUGGCAGCAGCGCCCGGCACAUGGUGAUGCAGAAGCUGCUCCGUAAGCAGGAGUCCACUGUGAUGGUGCUUCGCAACAUGGUGGAUCCAAAGGACAUUGAUGACGACCUGGAGGGAGAAGUGACGGAAGAAUGCGGCAAAUUUGGGGCCGUGAACAGGGUCAUCAUCUACCAGGAGAAGCAAGGAGAAGAGGAGGACGCUGAGAUCAUUGUCAAGAUCUUCGUGGAGUUCUCCAUGGCGUCAGAGACUCACAAAGCCAUCCAGGCCCUGAACGGGCGCUGGUUCGCGGGCAGGAAGGUGGUGGCGGAGGUGUACGACCAGGAGAGGUUCGACAACAGCGACCUGUCCGCAUGAACUCUGCGGGAGAGACUGGGCCCCGGCCCCGCCGCCUGCCCGGCCCCUUUUAGCCAUGUGUAAGAGUGCUCCGGGCGGGCGCACAUCCGUGAUGUACCUGUAGUUUGGAUAAAGGCGCAAAGAAA